GCUGGGCCCCACCGGUGAGCUGCCCCUCCGCCUGUACACUACGCCAGAAUUCCCUGCCGAUCGCCGCCCGUGAUCAGCGGCGAACGACCGCCGGGCCCCCCCGGCUCCUGGAAGCUCUCGGUAGUGUAGAUUGGCCUGGAUGACCUAGGAAAUCACCCCACCAUGGCUUUCCCGCGACCUCCAUCAUCUUCCAGCCUCUCGGAGAUGCAGCUACCCAUCGUGCUGGCGCCUGACAUCGAUGAUGAAAUGAGGGCCGGAACAGGCCUAGAGGUCGAUACCCGGCCGAGGCAGGACGAGCCGCAACAGCCUCCGGUACCUCAGCAUCCCAUCCCGUCCAUGCAGCAAGCAUUCGCAGAAUCCCUGGUGGAGGCCACACAAGGCGAUGCCGUAAAGAAGCCGAAGCUUCGCACCGGCGACGCCAGGGCGAGGCGCGACGAGCUGCUGGACCAGGACAGGGAUGACCCGCCUCCGACUGCCCUGUGGCGCUGCCGCCCGGGCCAGAAGACACACGAGCUCUGCCGGUUGAUAGCCCAGAUCUCAUUCGGCGUGUACUUGCUGCUCAAUGGCAUGGCCAACAGCCAGAUCCUGGUCGUCUCCAUCCUUCAGGGCCACAUCGACGAGGUGGACGAGUUCCUGGAGACGACGCUCGAGGAUGUGGACUUGGCGAUGAGGGAUAUAGAGGAGCGGAUCAAGCACCUGAAGCUGCCCAUGGACAACAUCGGAGUUUUUGAGCGGAUGCUGGAAGAUCGCAAGUUCCGCAUGCAGAUCCUCGAGGGCAACCAGAAGAUCGAGCACAUCCUGGCUCGCACCCAAGCCGCGCUCAAGCAGACGACACGAGACCUGGCGGAGGGGCUCGCGGCGACUCGAGAAUUCACCAUUUAUCUAGCGGAGCAACAGCAUGGGAGUUGGCGACAGGAGCGCCCCGACGUGAUCGACAUAUUCGACGCCAUGAAGGGUAACACGGACGGGUGGUUUAAUGCAUUCAUGGAUUUGCAGGCCAAAGGGAGCACGCUGAACGCCCUGAUGGUCAGGUUGACUGAUAUGGUCUCCGAGAUGGAGCGGAGGGCUGGAGAGCUCACCGUCCAACCGUACUCGUCCCCGGGCCAUAGCCCUCAGCCAUCCGAUGCCUCGUCGGUCACGACGCCGCCGAGUUCCCCGCCGAUCAACAUACCCAACUCGCCCCCUCGGAUCUCGCUACGGCUGAGUACUCUCAACUCCGGGAAGCUGUCACUCGACGCCGGAGCGCUGUCCGCUGCCGAGCUGGACGGUUCGACCGAGCAGCAAAGCCGAAACGACACGACGCCGCGGUCGCCUCUGGUGGUGACUUCAAGGUCUCCGCCACCUGAAGAGUCUCCCCCGCAGUCGCCCUCUGAACCACCACCACCGCAGGCGCCCCCGGCCCGGAACCCGCGCCGACUCUCCAAGAAGCCACCAGCACCGUCGGACUUGCCGAAGCUGGAACUGCCCAAGGAAGAGGCUCUUGGGGAGAAGAAGGAAGAGAAAGAGGAGGGGGGAGAGAAAGAAGAAAAGGGGGAAAAGGAGGAAAAGGAGAAAACGGAAGAAAAGAAGGAGAAAGAAAAGGAAGAAAAGGAAGAAAAGGAGAAGGAAGAGGAGGAGAAGGAAGACAAGGAAAUGGAGGAAAAGAAAGAGGAGAAGGAAAAGAAGGAAGAGAUCGAAGAGGAGAGCCCGUUGUAUAUCUUGCAACCCCGAACCUACACGCCCCAGCCGUCGCCACAGCCGUCGCCCGGCAUUAGCGGUCGGCGGGUGCCCAGGGCACAGCCAGAUGACGUCCAGAGACCGAGGGUGGACUCUUCUUCGGCUUCUUCGGUCGAGUCGGCAGCCCAGAUAACGCUCGAACCGGCAAGGCCCCGAGUCGAACAAGUCGUCUCAAGGCCGCAAACAGCCCGGCUAAAGGUCGUGGAGAUCGGCGCCAGAACGGAUACCAAGCCCAGCCCAACAAGGACAGAUGAACGGCCCGAGGCCCGCCCUGGGUCUCGGCGAGAUCCGAGUCAGGCACCGGAACUGGUCAUUCCCCAGGACCCCGAGGUGGUGCCGCCGCAAAGGACGUCGCUCAGACAACGCGUCUCGCUGAAAGGCACCGUGCCGAUAUCGAUCCAGGUCCCCCCGCCGAAUAGCAUGGGGCCACAGCAGCGGCCGCUCCAGGCAGUUCACCGGGCUUACCAGUCCCGGGAUUCGGCAUACGGAUCCGACAUGGAGCGGCCGCCGGUCGACUCGAUGGCGUCUAUUAACGCGUCAAUGGUCGAGUUUCCCCCGCCGUUCGUCCAGCCCCCGAUGAUACCUUCCCCUCAUUCCGAGAGGCAGUUCUUUCGCCCGGUGCAGCCAAACCCUUACUCGCCGCUGCAGCAGAGGCCGCAUACGUCUGGCACCGUCGCUCCCCACCACUUUCCCGCCCCUCCCAGGAACGCUCCUUCGAGGAUGGGGAUGAGCAUAAUGAGCAGCGGGACCGCGAUGACCAACCAGACGGGAAAGACAGUCAAGAAGAAGCGCAGCGCGUUCGGCUGGCUGAAGAAGGCCUUCGCCCUCGACGAGGAAGAACGCGCCAUUUUCGAGCAGAGGAAGAGGGAGCAGAUAGUCGACAACCCUUACUACGCACCGAGGAGCCAGGAGUUCCUGGACGGCAAACGCAUUCGGCCACCUCCGGGCCACUGAGAGGGGUGACGCGCUUACCCGUGUCCCCCCCCCCCCGGCUCCCCCUCUCCUCUCUUAGCCAUGCGGCGCGGCACGGGCCGGUCGAUGGUGAAACCGACCAGGUCGGAC